GGGUGCGGUGGACGUGACGCUGUGGAACACCAUUAGAGAGGCAGUGGAGCCGAUGCAUACAUCAGUUGAAGCACUGAAGAAGAAAUUGCUGCCUCCCAAGCAGAGUGAUGUGGGAGAGCAAAUCCCCUCUGUUGCAGACAAUAUGAAAGAAGAGGCAAAGAAGCUGGUUAAAUCUGUACAGGACAAUGCAUCGCUUGCGACGUCAUCACUUAAAGCCUUGGUGGAUAAAACAAUUGCGGCAGUGAGGAGUGCAGAUGCGCCAGUGCAGCAGGCAAGAGCAGCGGCGGAGAAAGCCAGCGAGGCCCUCGAAAAUGCGGCAGCAGGAGCGACGGCGGUAUUGGAUGCCGUUCGUAAGAUCAAUGACAUUGCGGCGAAGGGAAUCACCGCGGCUGUGCAAUCGCAGACUGCGGUGAGAAAUAUUGCAGCCUUGAUGAGCCGUCUUUCGGUCUCAAUAGGGACUGUUUGGAGUCUUCAGGAUGCCUGGACGGUUGAAAAAGAAGUGAGUGGCGAAGAAAGCGCAGCGGCAACUACACAAAAGCGUCUGACGUUAACGGGGGCGGCCAAUAAGACUUUGAGUGACUUCGAGGCGGUUUUGUUGGAAAGCAUAAGCGUGACGGAUGCCGCUGACGCCGCAUUAGCCGUGGCUGCUGCAGUGGUCACUGAGGUGACGGCUGCGGCGAAGGACGCCGCGGCUGCGGUGGAGGCGGCCACUGCGGCUAGGGCGGCGGCUCAGAACGCGUUGACGCAAGCGGAGGGUGCGCUGCGGCAGCUGAAGGAGAAGUUGUAUGGCGGCGAUAAGGAGGGGGAGAAGGUAGUCGCCACAACACCGCAAGGAGAACACGAGGAUGCUCCUGCCGUUGACGGCUCCCACGAGUCACACACUUCUCCGCCAGACGCCACGGACCCCGCAC